CGCCAUCUUGGGGUCCGUUAUCCAGUUUUAAUAAUACAUCCAUGGGGAAACGUAAAGGCACCGGUCUGACCAAUCUGCACAGCAACAACAAUACAGCACCUAAUGAUUGUAAAGGCCAUUCAGCUCUUGAUUGGUCUCUCAUUGGUCUCUAUGGCCUGUGGCCGAGGGCCAAUAAUGUCAGUCACAUUUUCCCAAGGCCUGAAAAUGAUACAUUUUAUACAAAGUUCAGACUGGGUCACAAAUCCCCACAAAUGCGAGAAGGGGACAUCAGGCGGUUCAUACCUGAACAUAACUUAGCCGGCUGGCAACAUGUCCUUAUCCAAAGAACAACUGAUGGUAGCGGCCGCCGAGAAACCACGACAGCCGAAAUGCACCCGGUGCCGACACCAUGGGAUCAUCGUCCCGCAGAAGGGCCACAUGAAGUACUGUCCUUUUCUUAAAUGCGACUGCUGGAAGUGCUAUCUGAUCACACAGCGGACUCGGAUUACGGUCCUCCAGCGAGGUCUGAAGCGAACCCAAAAUAAAGAGCAGCGACCCUGCGCUCCAGGGAAACCAACGGCUGAGGGGACCUGUAGCGCCUCGGCCCCGGACGGAGGCGCUCGUCCGUCGUCCACACCUGGACUGACGUGUCCCCCGUCGGGAGCUGCCCCGGAGCCUGUCGCCGCCAACGCUUGGAGACCUCUCGAUCUCCGGAUCAGACCUGCCGCGGGAGGAGAGGAUGUAGCCGGUUUGGACAGCAGAAAAGUGCUGCCCUUCGCGUCCAGUGAGGAAGGACCAUGUAGGCCUACACCUUUUAAUGGGCCUUACUUCGGUGAAUUUGGCCAGACUGCACCUCUGCCUGUUAUUCACUUUCCAUUUAGGAUGUCAGGUCAUUACCCCAGCAGCUACGCAUGUCCAAAUUUCCUGCUCAACAUGCCAUGGUUGCCACCCGUGCCUGCUGGGCUUUACAACGACGGCCUCUGUGGACCCCUAAUGUUCCCCCACUUCCAGUCGGGUGCUGUGCAUUACCCACCUCCCCCAGAGCCUGGACACCCUGCUGAUUGUAGACAGGUCUUCUUCACCCUCCCAGAGCCCUUCCAGGACGAGCUGGUGUCGAGGCAGCCUCCUCUGUCCAAACACACUGAGCAAGACAUAGAAGAGCUGGAUUAAAGCACAUAAUACGUGGACUGGAUUAUAAGAACUGAGCUAUUUCCUCUAGGUUUUCCUGUUUUUAAUGGAGGGGAUUUCAGUCAUUUCUGCUAUCAAGGAUGCAGUUCAUUUGCAAACAGCAAACAGUUCGUUUUUCCCUGUUGUUUUGUAGUCCCAUUUAGAUUGCUGGUUUUAAUGUUUCUGCACACUGUUGGUUGUUAAUAUAUUGAUAUAGGAUAAAGGCGUGGCAUUGUUGAUAAAGGAAGCCAGCUGAUCAAAGCAAAAAAUGUGAAAUUAUUUUGUAUUUCUAGAAUUGGUAAUAAACUCAGUUGAGAUUAUCCUCAUUUUAACUUUUUUACGUCAAUAAAUCAGUUCUAAAUCAGUGCUAACUAUUUAUAAAUCUGUUAUAAAUUAGCACUGUGCUGGUGUAGCAGUGCAACAGGCAUUUGUUCUGUGUACUUACAUAAGAGUUGACAUGCCAUUUUUGGUUGGCAUUGUGUUUGUCUACAAAGAAAAAUAAAAGUUGGUUGGGUUUAUCUUUUCA